AUGACCGUCACCUUCACUGCCUCGUACCGCGUCGUCGACGCCGCUGCCGCCCAGCGCGUCCAGGAGCUCGUCCGCGCAGUCCGCGACGCGAGCGCCACCGAGCCCGGCACGCUCGUCUUCUCCCCCGCACGCAAGGCGGGCGACGACCUCGCGUUCUUCGUGUAUGAGGAGUAUGCCGACCAGGCGGCGCUUGAUGCGCACCUCGCCACGCCCCAGUUCCAGGCGCUCAUCGGCGAGGCGGAGACGCUGUUCGUCGGCGGUAAGGCCGGCCUCAAGAUCGAGUACUAUGACAAGCUGUAG